GGAGGAUCGCCUAGUUACUACAAGGAAGCCUUCCUGGCCGUACAGGGUGCUAUUUCGCGAGCCAUAAUAGCGCGUCGCACUGCUGGAGUAUCGUUGCCUGCGGUUCAAAUUCAGCGAUACUCCUAUCCGCCGUACUACGACGAUGCGAUCCAGGCGGCGCUGCAGCUGGUGUUGGCGCUCAUCAUUGCAAUAUCGUUUCUGUACACAUUUGUCAACACGGUCAAGUUCAUCACGAUCGAGAAGGAAACACAGCUGAAGGAAAUGAUGAAGAUGAUGGGUCUCUCGAACUGGCUUCACUGGUCGGCGUGGUUCGUGAAGUGUCUUAUUCUGCUCACGAUCGCCUCGUCUCUGAUUACGCUUCUACUUUGCGUACCCAUCACCGGUACGGCCAUUUUCGAGAACUCCAGCUGGACGCUGAUUUGGGUUUUCUUCUUCGUGUACAGUAUCGCGACGAUCUGUUUCGCCUUCAUGAUCAGCGUGUUCUUCAGCAAGGCAAACAUGGCUACAGCACUUGCGGGACUGGUAUGGUUCAAUUCGCAGAUCCCGUUCUUUCUGAUCCAGCAAAACUACGACGAUAUGGGCACCGGAGUGAAGAUCGGGGUGUCCAUCGUGUCGAACAUGGGUAUGUCUUUGGCAAUGUUCCUAACAGUGCGUUUGGAAGCGACGACCGCUGGACUGCGGUGGUCGAAUCUGUUCGAACCAGCCACGGUCGAUGAUGGGUUCAGUGUCGGGCUGGUACUCAUCAUGCUGUUGGUCGACGCUGCCAUCUACCUGUUGAUUGCACUGUACGUCGAGCAGGUGAUGCCCGGGGAGUUCGGUGUGGCCAAACCGUUCUAUUUCCCGUUCACGCGCGAUUUUUGGGUGCGAAAACGCACACCGUCGCGUGACACAUUAAUCCACGCAUACGGGACGGAUGGGGCCAACGCUUCACGCUACAUGGAACAAGAUCCGGUCGGUAUCGCCGGUGUGGAGAUCAAGCAAUUGCGCAAAGUGUACAAGGGCCAAAAGGCUGCGGUGGAAGGGCUGAACCUGCGAAUGUACGAGAACCAGAUCUCGGUGUUGCUCGGGCACAACGGGGCUGGCAAGACUACGACGAUGUCCAUGCUUACCGGCGUCUACUCACCCACUUCCGGAACAGCCUUUAUCAAUGGCUAUGAUAUUCGCACGGACAUGGAAGGUGUCCGGUCAUCGUUGGGUCUUUGCCCACAGCACAACGUACUGUUCCAUGAGAUGACCGUUGAGGAGCAUUUGAAAUUUUUCUCUCGCCUCAAGGGUGUGGAAAAGAGUGCGGUACCGGAAGAGAUUGAUCGAUACCUAAACCUGCUCGAACUGACCGACAAACGGAGAGCGCAAUCACACACCUUGUCCGGGGGCAUGAAGCGGAAGCUGGCCGUCGGUAUGGCGCUUUGCGGUGGUUCUAAGGUGGUGCUCCUUGACGAACCGACCUCCGGGAUGGAUCCUUCGGCUCGCCGUGCUCUGUGGAAUUUGCUGCAACGUGAGAAGCAAAACCGCACGAUGCUCCUGUCGACGCACUUUAUGGACGAGGCCGACGUGCUCGGCGAUCGGAUUGCGAUUAUGUCCGAAGGAAAGCUGAAGGCCGUCGGAUCGCCCUUCUUUCUGAAGAAAACUUUCGGCGUUGGGUACCGGUUGAUCUGUGUGAAGGAUUCGAUGCGUUGUGACAAGCAACGCCUACUGAACAUCCUGCGCAGGCACAUACCUGACGUUUCCGUCGAUACGGAUAUCGGAUCGGAGCUGUCGUUUAUUCUGAAGGAGGACUACAUUGACGUGUUCCAACGGUUGCUGGAGGAUAUCGAGCAGGACAUGGCAGCCUGUGGCAUUACGAGCUACGGCAUAUCGCUCACCACCAUGGAGGAAGUAUUCUUGAAAGCCGGCAGCGAUAGCUUCGAUGAGACAGCAAACCAUUCCAACGGAACGGUGAUCGAGACAAACAAUCAGGAAUAUGUGCUGGAUAAAAUGCACCUCCUGACCGGGAUGGACUUGUACAAGAACCAGAUCUGGGCUCAGGUUUUGAAAAAAUAUUUCUCGACCAUCCGCGCCUGGAAGCAGCUUGCUAUGAUGUUUUUGAUUCCAAUUCUCUCCGUCGCGAUGACGUUCAUCGUCACCAGAAGUGUAUCGUCCGGCGUUGAUCUACCUUCGUUGGAAAUUGAGAUAAACUCUUAUGAGAAUGCAAUCACCGUGCUGCAGCACUCAAGUGGAGAGACCGAGCGGGUUGCGGCCUUCCAGAGGCUGUUCGAGACACAUGGUGGUUUGGUCAACAUUCAAGAAGACAUGACCGAGUACAUAGUGCGAAAGUCCAUCGAAGACAUUGCGACGGUCAACACGCAGUACUUCGUUGGGGCCACCAUUAACAGUGGAGCUCCGUACAUUGGAUGGUUCAACAAUAAGGCAUUCCAUACAGCUCCACUUGCGCUUAGUCUGAUCUACAAUGCCGUCUUACAAUCCGAUUGCCCUCAGUGUCAAAUCAAUGUGGUGAACAAACCGUUACCGUAUCGGCUGGAGACGCAGUUGAAGAAGCUCAACACCGGUCUGAAUACUGGCUUCCAAUUGGCCUUCAACACCGGCUUUGCGAUGGCCUUCGUAAUGGCCCUAUACAUCAUGUUCUACAUCAAGGAACGCACGUCUCGUGCCAAAUUACUCCAGUUUGUCAGCGGUACCAACGUGACGCUUUUCUGGUGCCUGGCAUUCUUCUGGGACUACGUUCUGUUUGUGGUGAACUGUUUAGUGUACAUCGCGGCGGUGGCCAUCUUCCAGGAGGAAGGUUGGUCCACAUUCACGGAGCUCGGCCGAGCCUUCCUGCUGUUGCUGUUCUUCGGAUUUGCCUCCCUUCCGGUGACGUAUCUGUUUUCGUUCGUCUUCAAUGUAUCAGCCACCGGGUUCGUGCGUAUGAUGUUUGUGAACGUCCUUUCCGGAGCUAUCUUCUUUACGGCGGUGAACAUUCUGAAGUUUGACGGAAUCGACCUGAACGACGUGGCCGAAGCGCUCGAAUGGGUGUUUAUGUUCUUCCCUAACUUUGUGCUCAGCCACGGGUUAAACAAUCUCAACCAGGCGUCCAGCACGAUCUCGUUCUGCACCCGGACCUGUGAGCAGAUAUUGGGACAGUGCAGUGAAGAGCAACUGUGUGCCUUCGAUGACCGGUGCUGUAACUUGAGUUUAUUCUCCUUCGGAAAGUUCGGCAUCAUACGGAACCUGCUCUUCUGUCUGCUGAUCGGGUGCAUUUGCCUUGCGCUACUUUUCGGAGUGGAGUAUGGAGUUGUGCAGCGACUGUUCAGCAGGAACACCUUUAAAAGGCGAUCUGAGAAGACUCCCUUGGAGCCGACAAGUAGCUCAGACGUUGACUCGGACGUGCUGGAAGAGAAGCAACGUGUCGCGAAUCUCAGCAAGGCGGAAAUCGAUGCGCACAACCUGUUGCUGCGCGAUAUGACCAAGUACUACGGCGGUUUCCAGGCCGUGAACAAACUGUCGAUAGGCAUUCACCAUUCGGAAUGUUUCGGGCUGCUAGGAAUUAAUGGAGCCGGUAAGACGACCACCUUCAAGAUGAUGACCGGAGACGAGGAAAUAUCCUCCGGUGACGGCUGGGUUCGGGGUGUCAAUCUGCGCACCGACAUGAACCGAGUGCACCAACAGAUCGGUUACUGUCCGCAGUUCGAUGCACUGCUCGAGGAUCUCACGGGUCGCGAAACGUUGCGCAUCUUUGCGCUCCUGCGAGGAGUGCGCAGCUCCGAGAUCAAGAAUGUGUCUUACAUCCUAGCGGAGGAGCUGAACUUUGCGAAGCACCUGGACAAACGGACCAAGGCGUACAGUGGGGGCAACAAGCGGAAGCUCAGCACCGCUCUGGCCCUGAUGGGUAACCCGGCGGUGGUAUACCUGGACGAACCAACGACCGGGAUGGAUCCGGGAGCGAAGCGACAGUUCUGGGAUGUAAUCUGCAAGGUGCGCAACACCGGAAAGUCAAUCGUCCUGACUUCACACAGCAUGGAGGAGUGCGAAGCGCUCUGCACCCGGCUCGCCAUCAUGGUGAACGGCGAAUUUAAAUGCCUCGGCUCGACGCAACACUUGAAGAACAAAUUUUCGAAAGGCUUCCUGUUGACGGUGAAGGUGGCACGAGGUACAUCAGAAGAGCAGUUGAAACGGAUCGUCGGAGUGAAGGACUUCGUUUCGAGCCAGUUUUUGGGUGCUGUGUUGAAGGAGGAGUACGAUGACUCGCUCAGCUUCCACAUCCCGGUGACGGACCUGAAGUGGUCCCAGAUGUUCGGCCUAAUGGAAAGCCACAAGCAAACGCUCGAAAUCGACGAUUACGCACUGGGCCAAACGUCACUGGAGCAGGUGUUCUUGUUUUUCACCAAAUACCAACGGAGCACCGAGUAA